AUGGCUAUUCUUAAGUCAUGUUGUUGUUGGAAGACGGUCCGCAGUGGAAGUGUGGCAUGUGGAAUUUAUACUCUGUUCCUGUACACAAUCAUGAUGGUGACCGGAACGUUUCAUGUGCACACAGUCCAAGAUGACCCCGUACUGCUCACAUUUUCACUGCUGAUGGUGUUUUUGGCCGGCGCUUGUGUCCUAUCGUCUGUCGCCUUGCUUAUUGGAUUAUGGACGGACAAUCGAGCCCUGUUGCUUCCUUGGUUGGUAUCCAUAUCGCUCAACACACUACUGGACGUCGUUGUACUCUUUUACCUGACGGCUGAAUCGGACUUCAAUCCCUUUAUCGCAGUCCUUUUCGUCACGGAUAUUUUCAUCGCCGUUCUCAAUGUCUACUGCUUUCUGUGCGUCUCAUCACAGUAUGAGGAGUACAGGUGUGGCCGCACCGUACAUCUCCAUGGAGAGUUUCCAGAUCCACUGAAGCAGAUGUCGUGCAAGAAUCGUUACUCGACCAGACCAUCGGUGUUCAUCGCUGAUGAUCUGGGAUCAUCUUCCAUCACAAAGCUCAGUGCCAGCACCCAGCGAAGAUCAUCCGCCAUGAGUGGUUGUCGGUUGACCCCUAUCCGAGAAGAACUCCAACAGAGCGGAGCCCACCUUCUCCAUAGUCUCGGCUCAAUGGGAAGUGGACAGAAUCUUUCUCACAUCUAUAUCGUCCCUAGCAAGGCUGACAGCCCACAGGGAUCCGAUGAUUCCGCCGAGGACAUUGGAAACAAUGCGUGACAAAGGGAGUCCAAGCAAUCAAGGCGGAGGCCAGGGAACUACAAUGGCUGCUGGAUUCCUCGUCACCUUCAGCCCAAGCAGCUGCUACAUUAUGUCCCACACCACAUCCUUUCUUCUCGGAGUGACCGUCAUUUAACUUUAAUCCGCAGCCAAUUACAAUUCUAUUCGCUUUCGUCACUGUCAAUAGCAUUUCUAUUCCGAACAAAACGUGCUAAAACUGUGACGUCACCGUUAAACUGAAACGCUUCAGUGGAUGAAGCAUUGCUCAAUAAUAUCUUGAGCGGACUGUCCCUGAAAAGUCGUCAGGUUUGUUGUGCCCAAAUAUGGUGGCGGAACAUUCUAUUUAUUUCACAUAGACGAGCAAGGAGAUUAGUGCUGUCUGGCCAUUGUGAAAAGCAUGGUUACUCUCCUGGAGGAGUAACCUAACAGUGAGCACCGCCGUGAGUGUCCGAGGCCUACUUCGUGGAUUGCAAUGAAAUAUGUAGAGGGCCUUUCAGAUCUUGGUUCAUCGCAUCACCUUUCUCUAUAGUGUAUUCAUGGGCUCUGUACCUGUGACGUCGUCAUCUUUGUUCUUGAUAAGGCCGUCGUCCUGACCAGGGCUAUUUCCAUCUCGGCGAGGUGGUAUUUUGAGGGACUUUUUUGUGAAGGCUUUAGGAGGAUGACAAAUCCCCACGCCUCUUUUAAAACAGAAAAAAAAAAGUGGUAAGCACACGAUGGUCAUGGUGGAGAGAGAGACAAGUUCUCUCAUGUUCUUGAUGGUUGCUCAAAAGAUCCCAUUCUUACAUCUGCUGACUAAUAACUGAUAGGGAACUAUCACUCUAU